AUGAGAGUUUUAUUUUGGCCAAAUAAAUACAAUAAUAUAUUGGAGUUGGGCAGAGGUGUAAGUGGUGUGGUAUACAAAGCAUCAGAGAAAGAAACUGGACAGAUUGUAGCAAUUAAAUUGGUUGAUAUGAAUAAAAGUAAAAUUUCACAAGAACAAAUUCAAGGUGAAAUUAGAGCAUUAUUAAUAUUAAACCCAGAAAAUCAAAGAUCCCAUAUAAAUAUUAUAAAAUUAAUAGAAUGUUUUAUUCAUAAAACAACAGCAAUUUUUGUAUUAGAAUAUGUAGAUGGUGGUACUUUAGAAGAUUUUAUGUAUAGUUUUGAAAGAGGCAUGCCAAUAUCGGUUGUUAGUCAUUGUUUAUAUCAAAUUGUAAAUGCUAUAGAGUAUAUGAAUUCAAGAAAAUGUUCACAUCGUGAUAUUAAACCAGCCAAUAUUUUAAUGUUAAGAAAUCGUAAUCCACCACCACCACAAUUAGUUGAUAAUAAUGAGGAUAGUUAUGUUAUAAAGUCAGAUUCAAAUUCAAAUCAUUAUAGAUAUGAUCCAAACGAAUUACCAAUUUUAAAAGUUACAGAUUAUGGGUAUUCAUCCAUCAAUAGAGAGGAGAAUGAGUUACAUUCGACAUUGGCAGGUUCACCUUUAUAUAUGGCACCAGAGAUUAUUCAUAUAAUAUUGUCACCCUAUUUAGAACCAGGUACAGGUAAACUAUCACCAGAGAGCAACGAAGGUUACAAUCCACUUUUGGUUGAUAUCUGGGCCAUCGGUGCCAUGACUUUUAGGUUGGUAACCGGUGACGAUUUAAUUAAUGUAAUCUUCCCAAAUCUUAAUCAAACCACAGUUUUAGCAGCAUUAGUAAAUUUAGCUAAAAUGAUUGACAGUGGCGAAUUCCAGCGUGGUUUAGAUAGAAUUCCAAAUGAAAUCUCUAAAUAUAAUAUCGAAAAUUCUGAUCAAGCCAUCUCUUUCAUCACCUCAUUAUUACAAUUGGACCCAAAGAAAAGACUUACCCUUAAAGAAGCACUUGCUCAUCCUUUCUUAGCCGCUGGUAAAGAAUCAUUCACUAGAACAUUAAAUGAACACUAUAAAGAAAAUAAGGAUCUUGUCAACUCUAUUAUUCCUUCAGAUCUUGUCGAUUUUAUCAAUAAUAAUAAUGCAUCAUCGUCAUCAUCGUCACCAACCUAUUCACCAAAUAAUUCAGAAGAACAUUUACCAACUUAUCAACAACAACAAGCUCAACAAGAGCAAUUACAAAAGCAAUUGGAAGUUCAACAAAAGCAAGAACAACCACAAGAUCAAAAAAAUUCAUCCCAACAACCAGAGCAACAAGAUCAAGCCUCAUCUCAACAACAAUUACAACAGCAACAAGAACCAUUAUCUCCACCACAAAAAGUUCAUUAUAGAUGGUCAUCCACUUUACCAAGAAAGAAAUUAUCAAAGAGUUUGGCAUUUUUAUCACAUCAAAGAAGUGAAAACUUUAAAUUAUUCCCAAAACUUUUACCACCACCAACUGCAAGUACACCACCAUACGAAACCAUGACAUGGAGAUCUCCACCAAUUCCAACCGAAGACAGUAUCACCUGGACUACAAUCACACAAGAUGCAAUUUUUACUGUUCAAUUUGGUGUUUUAACUUCAUUGUUAAAAGCAAUUUCAGUUUCAGAAGAGUACCAAUAUCGUAUUAUUAGUGCUAGCACAAAUCCACCAUUGGAAAUUGGUGUUUCAAAUUAUAGAGAUAGUAUUUUAUACAUGUACCAUAUAGUAAAAACUAUUAUUGCCCCACAACUCAUCUCUUUAUCAUUGUUUGAUGAUAAUUCAACAAGAUCUGUUUUAGCUGCUUUCCUAAUCCAAAUUAAAAAUGAAUUUGAACAAGAAGAAGUUUCAAGAGGUUGGACUGUUUUAGAUUCAAAUAAUUAAAUAUAUAUGUGUGUGUGUUAAAAAAAUACAUAUUUAAAACCACUCACACACCCUCUAAAACACAAUCACACCACACAAUCCAAAUAUUUUUUAAAAUUUAUUAAUUAAUGAAUUAGUUAUUAUUUUAUUUUUAAAUAAAUAAAUAGUGAAUAAUUCAUUGGUUAAUUUAGGAUAAAUAUAGAAUAAAAUAAUUAUUUAAAAAUUAUUUUUUCAUUUCAAAUUGUUAAAUAAUACCAAUCAUAAAAAAAUAAAACUUUAAAAUAUUUUUUUUUUUUUUUUUUCUAAUUUCAAAUACCAUCAAUUUUAAAAAUAAAUAUUGGUGAAAU